GGCACUCAGCCUCCAGAGCACCAGCACCAGCACCGGCACUGGCACGCACGCGAUGGCAAGUGAGGUGCAAGUCCUACCCUCCCCGCUAAAAGGGGGGCAUCCUCCUGCAGUAAAAGCUGGAGGAAUGCGAAUUUCCAAAAAACAAGAAAUUGGUGUCUUGGAGAGACAUACCAGAAAAACAGGAUUAGAGAAAACAAGUGUCAUUGCAAAUGUUGCCAAAAUACAGAUGAUGGAUGCUCUGAAUGACACGCUGGAGAAGCUCAGCCAUAAAUUUCCAGCAGUAGUGCACGUGGCACAUCAAAAACCCAGACCUGCUCUGGAAAAGGUCACUCCACUGAAAAGGAUCUACAUGAUUCAACAGCCUCGAAAAUGUUAAGCUGGGACGUAAAACACAGCCAUCUGGCCAACUGCCUCGAACAUCUGACAGCUUAGCACAAGGACCAAAAGUUUCCAUAGGCCUAGUGCACUAGCUUGGUAAAUAAAGCAGCUUUUAUAUCUUCUCUUUCGACUUUAGAUAAUAAAGCAUCUGAAAUUGUAAAUCCA